GGGUGUUUAACCAUUUAAUCGUGGGUGUGUUAUGAGUGUGUUUUUCUAAACACGAAAUUGUGACGAAGCCUCCAUAGUUUUCAUUAAUUUUUAUUUACCUAGUCCUUAUUGAAAGUUUUAGAAACUGAACGAGAAAUGUUAGCUGCCGGGUUGAACAAAAUCACCUACAGUAAGCUUCACGGAAGUAGCUUUCUGUUCCAGGAAGUGUUUUCUUCCUUGUUUCACAACUAUAUGAACAGGACAGUAGUAUUGGAAUAGCUGUACUGACUGGAGAACCAUGGAAGUGUUCCUCUAUAGGGCUCUAUACGUCUCCCUAUGUCUCACAUUUGUUGAGUCCACGGCCAACUACCAACUGUUCAAGGGGCCAAAGACUGGUGAAACACAGCGCUAUCAAGUUUGUCCUAUGCUGUCCCAGCCAUGUUCCCACUGCUUUUACUGCGAAGAUGGCGUCCUGUCAGAUUCCACUUACGAAUAUAAACAGGAUGUACUAUGUAACCAGUACUACAUAGGCAAAAAUAUGUCAGAGGCUUUUCUACCAGAAGAGUUAGCAAACAACAAAAUACCAUUGUGCAAUAUUGGGCAAGUUCCAGGAUGUGGCCCUCCGCCUCAAGAUAACAUUCAGCCAGGACUGUCCUGGAAAUGUGACCCAGGCCACAGUAAUCAACCCCACUCUGUCUACUUCUCCUGUGCCCUGAUCUGCAACUAUACAAACACUGUGGCUUACCAGUACUACUGCAAUGAAAGUCUGCGCUGGGAACUUCUGGAAGCGACUAAUUCUAGCUGUCGAUCAAAUGUAUCUGAAGAAGUUUUGACAAGCAUAGAGGCUGGUACAGCAUGGAUAGUACCCACAAUUGUUGGAAUAAUAGUAGUUGCUGGAGUGCUGAUAGUUGCAGUCAGUUGUUUGAUCUACCAUAAACGCAAAAAAGAAGAUGAACGUGUACGAAAUGGAGAACUUGAUGAAUGUGUAUCAAAUGGAGACUUUGCUCCAAAUGAUUUUUCAAACAUAAAUAAUUUGAAAAACAGCAAGAAAGAAACAGCACAGAUUGAAAUGUCAGUAAUUAACGGUAAUGACAGCAUCCAGGCUGUAUUGCAAGAUGAGCAUGAGACUGAUUUAAAAACUUUAGACUAUAGUGAAAUCAGUGGACAAGACACAAGUGCAAAUAUGAGUCUAUUGACAGGUAAAAUUAAUAAUGUGACUAAUAAAGACAAGCCUGCAAGCAAGUGCACAUUGAGCAAGAUUUUCAAAGGAAAAAAAAACAGUGAGCCAACCAGUUGCAUAAAAAUUUGUUUCAAAAUUGUGAAUGGAAAACUGAAAUGGGAGAAAUGUGUGGAUGUAAAUGGAGUUUUUGAGAUCCCAUCAGGUGCUGAGGAGAUCAGGAUAUUUAUAAACCCCAAGCAAGCAAAGGAUCUCUGUGUGGAGAAGGAAGCUGGACCAAAUACUACAGGACAAUAUGAUAUUGGGAAAACACAGUUUGUAAUUUCCUCCAAAACAGAAGAUUGUAAUGGAAAGUAUUGCUGUAAAUAUAAACUCAUUCUAAGCCAAGAAGAAAUGACUGAACAUUUUGAGAUAAAACAUUUAAUUAAAAAAGUGAACAAUACUAUGAAACAACCUGAAGAUAAUUCUAUUUAUUCCACACUAAAUCCUGGAUCUAAUUCUAUUUAUUCCACACUAAAUCCUGGAUCUUUGGUGUCAAAAGAUUCAGGUUUAUCAUCCAUAAAGGGUGCAAAGUGUAUUUCCAGUUACACUAGCCCUAAAUCAUCCAGAGAUCCAUGCAAGUCAUGGAAUGAUCUAUCUGUCGAACUGAAUACACUAGACUUAGUCGAGGAGGUAGAUGAAAAGACCCAAUGUCUUACAAACAGCUAAAAUACUGGUAAUUGUACUCUGUUUCUUGAAAGAGCUUAAAUGGUGUUGUUGAAUCCUCCUUCUACAUUGCAGAAAACGUAGAAGGAAUUUCUUACCUCUAUUUGUUAAUUGGAGUGAAAUUUGUAAAUGAAAGGUUCCAAAAAAAUGUUGGAAAAAAAGAUUGGGUUGGCAACUUGGAAUGUCUGAGUAUCCUUAACUUUUUGUUUAAUUUUUCUAAAACUUGUUUGGCUAAAUAUUUCUGAAACUUUGAUUUUGGAUGUAGAAUACCAUGACAUUGGAAGUAUGGAAAGAAAGAAAAUAAAAUUAAAAGAGUUGUAUAACAGCUCUACAACUUCAAAAAAGUUGUGACAGGAUUUGCAUUUUGACUCGCAAAUGUUAGGUGACGGUUGCACUCAAUACUUCACUUAUGCGAAAACUACAUGAGAUAUAAACCAUAAAACUUGGUAAUGUAAAAUGAACAAUAUUUAAUAAAUGAGGGUUUUCAUCAGAAAGGAACUUCAGUAUUGCCAAUCUUAUUCUUUAUGAUUAAAAAUUAUUCAGAUGCAUAGGUAAUGAGGGAUGUGGCGGUUAAAUUAGCCGAAGUGGUUUAAUAAGUGAUUUAAUGACCACACAUAAGAAUGAUAAAGAUGUGUUCAUUGCUUAAGUGGGCUCAUCAUUUAAAUGACAGGAUCUUCAUGUUUGUUGCAAUUGAAAUGAAAAUUAUUGUUUAUGCUUUGAAAAGGUGGAUACUCACCUGUGUGUCAUGCAUGUUUUGAUGUUUGCAACCAAGUUAUCAAAUAUACCUAAAGCUUUCAUUUAACUUCAUGUCUUAUCAUAUACACUUGUAAAUAAACACGCAUUAUUUGCAUGUGAUAUCUAUUUAUGUGUUUUUGUUGUACAUAUGACUUUAAGACAGAAUAAUGUAAUAUUUAUGGUCUAUUUAUUAAGUUUGAACAUAUUUUCUUACAAUAGAAACACAGCUAACAAACUUAUGUAUAGAAUAAAGUUUUGUUGAGAGUUGGUUAUGAAAGGCGAAUAUAAACUAUUUUUAGAGUUAGAAUUGAUAGGAAAUCAACAAUUUCAUUUAAAAUCUACAGCGUUAAUUUAGAUUUUUUUUGUAUUUUCCUUACAUUUAUAUUGUUAAAGUUUAUGAUUGUGUCUGUCUCAUUACCGGUACAUUGUUUGGUGAAAAGUCAUAAUGAGAUUUCUAAAUGAAAUGGCACAAAUUAUAUUCAGAUGCAAAUCACAUGUGAAGUGUGAAAACCUUAUUACUUGUUUUAAUGUCAAUUUUACAGUGGACACUUUUAGUUUUGGAAUAGUCCUCACAGUAUAUUCUAGUGUCAUGCAGCCUGUACACACUGCUCAUGUAAAAGUAUAAAAAAUACGCGUGUCUAUCCAAUAUUAACAUAUAAAACUAUGCUACUUGUAUCUCAUAAUUAUGUGCUAUAUUGUAAUAACUUAAAGUGGUUAUAUGAAAAGGUAUGAAUUGGUGUGUAAAUAACCUGUUGUAAUGUUAAUAAUUUUAUGCAAUACAGUUUUGUUUUCACUAAGCCGAGACGUUAGCAUGAAGUGCUCAAGGUGAGCUAUUGCGUCUUUUGUUGUGUAGCAUGUUGUUUUCGUUGUCAACUUUUAGUGCUUUACCAUUGUACAGCCUAAAUUUUCUCUACAAUAUCAAUGUAGUGUUAGAAUCUUAAUCAUGUACUUUUUUAAACAAGGUUACCAGGACAAAGCUCACAAAGUUCGUGUUACCACUAUUGAAAAAGCAUAUGUGACUCAAUCUUGAUGAGGCUACGUUUCAAUGUUUAUCUUGAUAUCUUCUAGGCUGAGUUAGAAUCUUGGUCACAUGCGUCUAAACAAUAGCUCACAGUGGUACCAUUCUAGAGACCACAUUGAUGACUCAAUCUUAAUGAAACAUGGUAAAAAAUAUUGAAUCUGGUUCACAUGGGUCAAAACACUAGUUUAUCAGGUCAAAUCUUUAAAAAAAAAAUGCUACCGCUUUAGAGGCCACAUUUACAACUAUUUUGAUGAGAUACAGUCAGAAUGUUUGUCCUGGUAAUAUCUAGAAAGAGUUCUAAUCUGGGUCAUGUGCGUCAAAAAACAAGUUUCCCACAGUCAAAUCUUAGAAAAACCCAUGUCCCCAUUCUAGAAGGCUAAUUUAUGACUCGAACAAAUAGCUAGGUCACUUUGAAUCUGUAUUACUUGCGUCUCGAAACUAGGUUACCAGGCCAAAUCUAAAAAAAUAUAACCUUUUGUGGGUCUUCAUUUAUGACUCAAUCUUGAUGAAAUUUAGUUGUUUUGUUUAUUAUUCAAUUAUAUUUGUUAAAGCUUAUUAUAAAUGUAUUGUGUUUGAUACAAUUUACAUUUGUGUUCCUUAUUGCUGAUAUUUCUAUUUAAACCAUGAUCUGUUA